GAGAGUGCCAUAGCUUAAGAGAACGAGAGACAGCGCUACCCGGAGCAGGCUGCACUUCCACUACUCCGCCUACCAUUCGGGAGAGCAAGAGCGAGAGGGAGAUUGAGCGAGACCGGAGACGUUCAUUGGCAUAAAAGUGAAGACGUUCUCUCGGUUUAAACGAAUAAUAAUAAUAAUAAGGAAGCGAGAUCGAGCAGGGAAACGAGAUCCAGAGUUCUUCCUUCUCUCCCUUACGCUCUGAGAAUCUGCGAUUCAUUCUUCUAUUUGCCCAUUAUUUAUUCCCCUUCCCCUGAUCUGCCGAGAAAUUUCUUCGCUUAAAGAACUUGGAUUUUGUCCUUUUUGGUGGAAAAAAAAAGGAGGGAGGGAAGUUUUUAAAGCCAAGAAGAAGGGGCCCGAAUCGAACCGGGCUGAAUGAAGAGUUCUUCCUAAAACAGCUGUUAAACAAACCCAACCAUCCAACUUCAGCUGGGAAGCAGCGAGUCAUAGCAGCUGUAAGAUCCGAGACCUUGGAAAGGGGAGAAAAAAAAUGCACUGAAAGUUUUGGCAAACUUUUCUUCUUCGUCUCGGUUUUUCUUUUUGCCCCGGUGCUUGUGUGGUGGUGAGAGCGAGCGUGCUCGCGUGGGGUGUCUUGCCCCCGAGGGCUGGAGUGUGCCUGGAGAGGAAAAUCGGUUACUAUUCGCUGUGCUGCUGGGGAAUUGUUCUGGAGAAGCUCCGGAUCGGAACCGAGCUGAGCCGAAGACCCCGAGCGCGCGGCAAACCGAGGACAAACUACGCCUCUGGGGCCUCGGGAGAGCCGAGCUUAUGGACGGGUGAAACCAGAGUCUAAUAUUCUCCCCCCUCCCCCUUCAACCCCUCAGCUUGAUCACAGCGACCGCCGAGCAAAGAAGAGAAGGCUCAGAGAACCCGACCGAGCCAAUCCACCCUCGCUCCUGGAAUCAUGAACUUUCUGCUCACUUGGAUCCAUUGGGGGUUGGCGGCGCUGCUUUAUUUCCACAACGCCAAGGUGUUGCAGGCUGCUCCUGCCCAGGGGGAUGGAGACAGGCAACAAAGUGAAGUUAUCCCAUUUAUGACCGUCUAUGAGCGCAGUGUCUGCAGGCCAAUUGAGACCAUGGUAGAUAUUUUCCAGGAGUAUCCUGAUGAGGUGGAAUACAUCUUGAAACCACCCUGUGUGGCCCUGAUGAGAUGUGGAGGAUGCUGUAAUGACGAAGCGCUAGAAUGUGUGCCUACAGAGCUGUACAAUGUCACCAUGGAGAUCAUGAAACUCAAACCCUAUCAGAGCCAGCAUAUACAUCCAAUGAGCUUCCAGCAGCACAGUAAAUGUGAAUGCAGACCAAAGAAAGAAAUCAGAAUUAUACAAGAAAAAAAAUCAAAGCGAGAAAAGGGGAAGGGUCAAAAAAGAAAGCGCAAGAGAGGCCGGUAUAAACCACAGAAUUUUCACUGUGAACCUUGCUCAGAAAGGAGAAAGCACUUGUACAAACAAGAUCCCCUGACCUGUAAAUGUUCCUGCAAAUUCACAGACUCACGUUGCAAGUCGAAGCAGCUUGAGUUAAACGAGCGCACUUGCAGGGCACCCCGGCUUGCUUUGACUGCACCUCUGUAAACACACAGCAAAAAGAGAUGUGAAAAACCAAGGCGGUGAGCAGCAGGGGAAGAAAGGGAGUGCGGGAGCAGCCUUGGUUCUGGAGCCUGACAUCUCACCUGGUCAGAAAUUGAAAACAAACACUAAUUCAAAUGAACACUAAAAAUGAAGGAUCAGCAGCGCACAGCACUUUUGAGUAUGGACGAUAGACUCUGGAAGGAACAUUCCCUGAGGACCCGCGCAGGAUUCACCUUUCGGUUUUGAACUGGUUUUACAGAAAAACUUUCCUUCUCAUGCUGCUAAGAUAUAGAGCCAGGGAGAGUGGAGUGAUAUAUGUUUGGGACUCCCCAUACACAUGAAGUAUAUGUAUAUGUAUAUAAAUAUGUAUGUGUAUAUGUAUAUAUACUGAAUUUCUAAAACAUUGCUAACAUUAUUGGUGUCUUCACUGGAUAUACUCAACUGCUGUGGACACAAGUGGGCUGUUUGGGACAUAAGAAAGAAACUACGACUGGACUCCAGUCAACACUGCUCAAUAUAUUCUUCAUACUCUGUCUGACCCUCUAAAGCCUGCUGGUCUCAUUUCCUCUCCCCACUCUCCUGCCCCAGUCCCGUGCGGUGAAACAUUUAUGCGAAAAAAGAGAUGGCAGGGGAUUCUCAAAAUGGCACCUUGGAAUACUGUGGGUCAAAAGGUCAAGGAAAUAACUCUUAAAUGCUGGAAUCAAUGAAUCAAUCAAAUUCUCUUCUUCUUGAAAAUCUCUUCUGAAUCUGGCUCACAAUCUGCUGGCUUCGCUGAGGCGUUGGUGUAUAUUUUUGUAUUGACUUGCUGCAGGAACAUUUUGCCACAGAUAACGUGUUUUGGCCUUAAUGAUGGGAAAUGGCUGACGUUUGGACUUGUCAGCUCAAGGAGGCAUCCCUGGAAACCUGCCAUCCCUGUUGGCCCUUAAAUAAUGGAUGUUAUAUUGGCAGAAGGAGACAGAGGAAAGAAGGGGGGAGUAACAGAGAGCCGGGCAGUUGAACCAGCACUGUCAACUAUCAUUAUGCACAGAGCUGCCACUGAAGAUACUUCUGGAACUUCUCUGGAAAGGGAUAUUAAUCUAAAGUAUAUAUGCGCAAUAGACAGGACGUGUGAGUGUGUGUGAGUGAGGGGGUAUUUACAUACAACUGUAUAGGGGUUUUUUUGUGCCUAAUAAGUUUAAAAUUGGCUUGUUACAUUUUGGGCCUUUGAGGGAAAAGCUGGGGAGAGCUUACUCUUUUAGCAUUGUAAAUUUAUUAUUCUCAGUCUUGUAUCAUGAAUUAUAUUAAGACACAGUGUUCUUUGCUGGACUUGUGAUGUAGGACUUAUUCCACCACAAAAAAAAAAAAAAUAGCAUAGAGUCUCCCCACUGUCAAUAAUAUCUGGUUAAUUUGGCCCAUACAUCCAGAUAUGACUUGCAUGAAGGGUCAGUGGGGGUCUACACUGAAUUCCAGAGUUACUCUGCUCCCCGUGUUGACAGAAGAACUUCUGAAUUAAAGAGGGACCUUGUGUUGCAUUCUAAAGCAACCCUCAUGACUUCCUCACUUAAGAUUCUACAAUUAAGUUACAGAUAAUAUGGGGAAUGGGAGGAGCAGAGUGAUUUUGGGGCAGUUCUAAAGGUGUUGUCCAGUUAUUCACUGCAUGAGCUGAAAUAAUAUUAAAUAACACUGCUAUGAAAAAGAUUUAAGAAGGAAGACAAAACCACCAUACUUCCUUCUGUCCUUAAAGUUGUACCUAUUCCCAAAUUAGGCAAUUCACCUUGACUUUUUGACCUUUACUUUUGAAGUGCCCAUUGUAGACAUUAUAAAGUGUGAUUGUUUUACCCAGUUUCCCCAUUGACCUAUACAGACCAGCAAUGUAGGCUUUUGGUUAGCCUCCCUCGAUCCAAGCCCUUCUGUAGCUAUUAAACUUCAGAGCCAAUAUUCUGAAUCAGCAAGGCAAAUAGGUUGAGAAAAGUGGGAAUUGCUGUUGAAUAGUUCUGGAAGGUAGCAGAUUGGGGAAGGCUAUCAAGCUUUUUCUGUUAAGUUUCUUGAAUGGUUGAUUGCUGUGUUAUUCUGGUAACAGUUUGGGACCUAGUUGAAUAGCCUUAAGUGCUUCUAUGCAAAAAGAUUUAAGUUCAGGUGCACACAGAAUUGAUCUAAGUCCCAGGGUUAAUAGCAUUUUAACAUGCUUGGAUUUUGAUUCAUCAUCAAAAAUCUAAGCCAGUGUAAAUCUGAUGAAAGGGGGAGAAAUGAUGGUUUUCUUUUUUGCAUAUACCGUACUUUCCGGCGUAUAAGGCGACCUGGCGUAUAAGACGACCCCUGACUUCGGCACCGAUUUCCAUGCCUAGAAAGUCGUCUUAUCUGCCGUAAACUACCGUAAUUUCCAGCAUAUAAGAUGACUUGGCGUAUAAGAUGACCCCUGACUUCGGCGCCGAUUUCCGCGCUUUAGAAAGUCGUCUUAUACGCUGGAAAAUACGGUAGAUCCAAAAUAAGUGUUUUUAUAACUGUUUGUAACCAAGGCAGUAUAUAUGUAACUUUCCAAGACAGUAGACAAAGCUCUGAUACCAGGCAAUUGGCAAGAUUCCAUUUAACUCUGGUUUGAAAAUGUCCUUUGAACAAUGCUUCUCAAAUUGGCAACUUUUAAAUAUGUGGACUUUUAACUUCCAGAAUUCCUCAGCCAUGGGGGAGUGUGGCAGUUGAAGUCAUGCAACUUAAAGUUGUCAGGAUUGAGAAACUCUGCCUUAGAAUAUGGGACUUGGAUCAGCCAAUCUGAUUUGUUGAGAUUCAGUUUUAGCAAUCAAUAAUUGUUCUUGGGGAAUCAAGCUAUAAUUCUCAGUGCCUUGCAUAUAAACACUUGAAACACCAAAGCAUCUCCCAGGUCAACAGGCAUUUAAUAGGUAUUUGGACAGUAGAUGAUAGGGCGGAUUUUUUAAAGGCAUCUAUGGAUGUCUGAAGUGAUUUGACUUGUCCAAAGAUUACAUGGCUUCAUCUUGCUUUGCUGGGAAAUGCAAAAUGAUACCAGUUGGACAACCUCUGAGAACCAUUCUCAGUUAAACUUUCUGCAUUCCCAGAUCAAAUACAAUAGGAGCAUUGAGGCUGCUGGAUGCCACUGAAUCUGCAAGGACAGGAUUCCCAUUUUUCUUCCUACAUGGAACUUUGUUGGGCUAUCACCAGGCAGCAUGCCAUACAGCUACUUUAAGUCCAGAUCAGCAUUGCUGCCAUGGGAAGGCUAUUGCUGUAUGGUGUAUAUGUGAUGCUUCUGUAAGUUUCUGGUUGCUAUGAAGUUAGUGAAUCAACUCUGAAGAGAAUGACUCUGUAUAUGUUUGAGAGGUGUAUGGGACAGAAUCCCAGCAUCUCCUUUCCCUACCAGUACGAGAUCCUCCUUGCCCUUCUCCUUCCCCAUCUUUCCCUUCCUAUCCCUCUCUUAAGACAUGUAAUGUUGUCUGGCCAUCUGUUUGGCAUUGUCAGAACAUUUAUCAAUCCAUUAUUGGAGACUGAUUGCAUAGCUGCGUCUGCAAAUGUAGAGCAUUAAUCUGGGUACCUGGAAAGUUGCGUCUCAUUGCCUUCAUUGGACUGGAAUGUGUGCCUGCUUCUCAGUCUCUGGUUUUUUUUUGGGGGGGGGGGUACUAUACUUGGUCCAUGUCAGAAUCCUGCCAAAUGCUUCUCUGUUUACAGAAAAGCAAGAAAAACCGGCCUUAAAUCAGCUUUUGAUGAGUGUUUAUUAACCACUAUAAAAUCCCCCUCUAGCUGAUAGAAAUAUGGUAUGCAUUCAGUUUGUAUGUGUGUGUGUCUGUGUGGGGAUGUGUGUGCGUGUGCACACAUGUAUAACUGAAAUGUACAUAUUCAUGCUGUGUGAGGUGACGUUCUAUAUACUUGUUUAAUAUCCCUUUAAAAUUAGAAAUUAAAAAGUAAUAAUAAUUUAAAUUAGGUAUUUUUCAGUAUUCUUUGUUUAAUAUUUAAUUUUACUAUUUAUAAGUUGUACCUCUUUUUUUGUACUGUUAUGUAUAAAUUUUUAACUCUUCUGUUUCAACCAAUCUUCCCCAAUUGUUGAGAAAGUGAAUAGCAUGAUCAGUUAUUUAAUUAAUAUCUUAACACUCAUCCCUACACAUUCCUUUUCCGCAAAGUUUAUACAUCUACAUAUAUGUAUAUAUGUAUAUGUAUAUAUAUGUACAUAUAUAUAUAUAUAUAUAUAUAUAUAUAUAUAUAUAUAUAUAUGUUUAUGUAUAUGUGUGAUUAAUUAGACACUACAUUUUUUAUAUAUGUAAACUUUUCUUCUGCCCCAGAUUAUAGAAAAUUUAACUAUCAUUUUAUUUAUUGGUGCUACUGUUUUUCUAUACUGUGGCUAGAAAAAAAUCAGUAGCCACACUGGCUAAUCUCAAGAUUCCAUAAAAAAUAUUUAUUUUUAGACAAAAAUAUCUUUAAAAAAACACCAUCUAUGUUUUUUUUUGUUUUUUUUCCUUUUUUGUAAUAAAGAAUUUAAUUCACA